AUGGCACUUGGUCAAAGACGAGCAUUAGUAAUUGGCAACGACGAGUAUCAUACACAAUCGCGAUUGAGAAAUGCUGUCAAUGAUGCCCAUGGUGUAACACAAGCUUUAAGAGCUUUAAAUUUUCAUGUGAAGUAUGAAACCGAUCUGAAUGGUGGUGUAUUGGAAAACAACGCUGGACAGUUUGUAUCGAAUGUACACCAAGGUGAUACGGUUUUUUUUUACUUUUCUGGCCAUGGUCUUCAAUAUGAAAACAGAAACUAUUUGGUUGGAGUUAAUGCAGGGCAAUUGACAUCAGCCAAUUUUCGACCGUAUUGUUUAGGCGCGACAAGGCUUCUCGAAAACUUAGUAGCAAAACAUCCACGCACGAUCAUAUUCAUUCUUGAUUGUUGUCGAAACAAUCCAUUCGUCCGCUAUAACGAUGCAAUGAACGGUCAUGAUAGAUCAUCUGGUUUUAAACAUGGCCUUGCUAAAAUGGAAUUCGAUGCGCCUACUCAUAAAAGUGUCAAUCAACGACGACCAGCUAUUCGAAUAAUAAUCGGCUUUGCUUGUGCAUCAGGUGCAACUUCACGUGAUCGAUCACUGCAUGAUGGUAGAGGCAUGUACGGAUACCAUUUAGUGGCACAAUUAACAAGACGAACGAAUAUAACAAAAAUAUUAAAACAAGUACGGACCGCUGUUAUACGCGACUCUCAAAGUACACAAAUACCAUACGUACACGAUAAUGGACAUGAACCCGAACACUUAUCAGAUGCGAGUGAUGGCUUUGAAAGUAACUAA